AUGGCUGGGAGGAGUGCAAUCGCUCUGUGGGAAGUACAUCUAUGGCGUGCCGGGCAAAGCCAAGCAGGUCCUGAGUCUCCCCUUCUCGCACCACGGCGGCCUGACGGUGCUUCUGGAACCGGCCGAAGAAUUGAAAUCGAGACAGGGAAGGUGGACAUGGUUGGGGGACCCUUCAUGGGUCCCUUCAAGUGGCUACGGGGAGCCGAAUCUCCACUGGACAAGUGCUUGUACUGCAUGCCUUCCAACGCGGACACGGUCCUGUGCAUCGACCCUGAGAAGCAAGAGAUGAAGACCAUCGGUGGGCCAUUGGAUGGAGACUGGAAGUGGCACGGAGGCAACUUGGGCGAUGAUGGCAACAUCUACGGUAUCCCCGCCAAUGCCACCCAGGUCUUGAAGGUGGAUCCUCGAACCAAGGAGGUCCAGAUGUUCGGAGGACCCUUCGAAGGAAGACAAAAGUGGUAUGGAGGCUUGAAGUCCACCAAUGGCUGCAUUUAUGGCAUCCCACAGAAUGCUCGUGGAGUGCUGAAGAUUGACCCGGCCAGUGGCGAAUGCAGGGUGCUGGGGGAUCUGGGAGAAGGAGGAUGGAAGUACCAUGGUGGAGUUGUGGCGGGUGAUGGAUCAUUGAUCUACGGCAUUCCUUGCAAUGCUGACUCGGUCUUGAAGAUCGACACCAAAACCGACACCAUCACCCAAAUCGGCCGCGGCGUUGUGCAGAGCGGCCGACAUCGCGACGAUGACAAGUACAAAUACCUGGGUGGAGGAGUUGCUGCCGACGGCAAGGUCUAUUUCUUCCCCUCGGAUGCGGAGCGUGUGUGUUGCGUGGACACCGAGACGGAUGAGGUGAAGUUGGUGGGGCCCAUCUUUUUGGAAGGAAUGAACAAGUGGCAGAAUGGCUUCUCGGCCCGCGAUGGAGCCGUCUAUGCCAUCCCUCAGCGAGCCCAAGGAGUUCUCCGCAUCAAUCCCGCACCCAAAGGCAGCGGCCGUGACGCGGAGGUCACCACCCUGGACUGCGGCAUCGAUCCGGAGAUGAGAGACAAGUUUGAAGGUGGUGUGAUGGGGAGUGAUGGAUGCAUCUAUUGCAUCCCCUUGCGCGCGAAGGACGUGGUGAAGAUCAUUCCAUCUCCUGCUGCUGAGAGCUGA